AUGUUAGCUUCGGUAAUUCUGGUGUCUACCAGAAGUGUGCGGUCACUCAAUCCUCAUUAUUUCCGGCCACCUUGGCCGAUAUUUUCGAAAGCUCAUGGAUGGCGAAAACGGGGUCCUUCGAUACAUGAGCGUCAUCAGCUUCCUGGACAGCAUCGUGAAUUCCCGGAGUUAUCGCCGAAGUUCAAGAAAGAAAACCCAAAGGAGCUGCAUCACUAUACUGGCGUUCAAGAUGUCGGUUUUGUUGAUCCGGUCACUGGAGAAUUUGUUCAUGUUGAGGAAAUGUAUCCAGAAUUGAUCGUUCCAGAUUUACGAGGGUUCCGGUUGUGUCCGUAUGUAUCAUAUCGGACCGAUUUUGAGAUUGAAAAAAGAAGAAAGAAGUUUGAAAAACUAACCGCCAAGUAUGGAAGUGAAGAAGACGCUGACUCCGUGCUAUUUGAAGGCGAACAAUGGCCUCCUCCGAAAACAACACCGCGAUUUUUGUUUGAUAUGCAUUACGCACCAUUAAUAAGGGAGAUGUAUAAUGAUGGAGAAUACUUUAAGGAUGUCGAAGUAAAAGACGAGAAUCCUGAUGACAAGUCUAAGUAA